AUGCCUGGGACAGUUCAGCCAUAACUUUAAACCUUUCCUGCUCAUACAUGCUUGGAACGAUCUUGUCACUCAAGUGGACGCACAACGGGAUAUCAUAGCAUGGCUCAAGCACGUUCAUCAUAGUUUAAACCCCUUGUUUUGCACAACGGAGUACGGCCUCCCGUCUGCAGCUAAACAUCCCAUUAGCUUUUGUAACAGCUUUAGCCCGGUCGGAUUGGGCAGCAAAGGGCUGCUUAAAUGCCGCAAACUCCUCUGCUUCUCCACUUGGACCGCUAGCGCUGACCAUAACUACUGCUUGACAGACUGACCACGCACACCAUACUUUUUUUCUUCUUCUUUUUCGAAUCUUCGGAUCCACGAACCGCGGAGUGGGAGCGGUUCGGAUUACAGAUCAACCGUGAUCCGUUGCACCACUAGUUACAGUACAAUAAAGUAGUUUUAACCGUACUUUAAAUAUAAUGCAUUACAACAAUACAGAAGAUCAUGGGUGUGCAGGGUAAAUGGAGCUGUUUUCUACAGUAGAGUAAGAGUCCAGUGCAGGGCUGGGUGUUGGUCUUCUUUAAAUCACACGAGGAACCAUUUUAAGGCGGAGGCUGCUCGCUCUGUGCUUUCUGUUUCAUUCUUAGACUGCAGCAAUGGCUGACCAAGAGCAAAACAGAAGAGAAGAAUUUCUGAAAACUCAACAAGGUUUCAGAGAAAAUGCCUACAAGAUUAUCAUGAAGAUGGAUGACUGGUCUAACAUGACUCCAGGAAGUAAACACUUAGUGGAUGAGAUUCUUCACAGCAUCUUCUUUCUGGGUAAAAUCAACAGCAUCCCCUUUUCUCCAGAAGAAAUCAUCUCUGAUGGUGAUAUUUUGAAAGCCUUAAAGGAAAAAUAUCCCAGACCUUUUCAAUUCUAUCUGACUCAGCUUCCCAGACGGAGUCCGUUCUCCUGUGUGCUCGACAUGAUUGUCCUGCGGGAAAAUCCAGAGAAUGAAGAGCAAAUAAAGCAGAGUCUUCAAGAACUCAUCAGAGAGCUAGCUCCACAAUGUCUGGUCUCCUCCAUCAUCUGCAUUUCUCAGAAAUCCAACACCGACCAAAAUUCAAAGAGUGCUCAUCAUUCUCUUGUUAUGCCAGAUCUGCAUCAGUGUGAGAAGGCAGAAGGUAUAAAAUACUUGGAAUGGGUGUCAGAUUUUGUUUCCAAAUACAAAAACAAGCAUUUAAGCUUGAAGAAUCCAGCUGGUGCCAUGCUGAGGAUAGCAGGGCUGGAGGACACCAUGUACAAAGGGAAACAUGAUGAAGUGAACGGCUGGGGAAAAUUCUACCUUCCCAAGAUCGUAAACAUGCAGGUCAUCGGUGUGGUGGAGGGCACCUCGUGUCCAUGUGAUGAGCUCGUGCUGAUGACGUGUGAGGACAAAAAGCUGUACGCCUACGAUGGAGAGGAGCUGCAUCUGGUGGCUUCCAGUUUCCAGCAACUACGUGACAAAGACAUAGAGUAUCCAGCAUCCAAGAGCUACUACAAUGGAGAGGCCUUCAAAGAUAUGACUGAGGAGGACUGGGAAGCAGUGAAGAUGAGAGGCGUGGGGAGGAAACUGGAGGAAGAGCAUCAAAAGCUGGUGAAGGAAACAAAGUCAGCGUUCUUAAAAAGCCUAAAAUCAUAGACUCUGGUAUUUGGCCAAAAGAGAGCUUCACAUUUUUGGCUUCAACAGCAUUAAAAACAAACAUCAUCAUCAUCUGUGGCAUGAAGUAUUACUGCAUGAGCCCCUCUGACCACACACUGAUGUUAAAGCAGAGCUGAAUAUCUAAAAUUAUACGGAUUAUAUUCUCCAUGGACUCUUGAUCUGUUUUACAUCUGUUAAAGGCAACCGACAGUACUUCAGGACUUUCCGACAGUGUGGUUUACCACUGCAAGUUACACAACAUCGACAGGAAGAAAAAAAAAAAAAGCUAAUGAACACACUUUUACACACUUUUAUUUUGCAAUUCACUGAACUUCCUUUGAACUGUAGGGAGGAAAGCUGGAUGAUAAUGACAGCAAUAAAAGCAUGUCUAAUGACAGUGCAGGUUUAUUCUUAAGUAAAAGUUUCACUUCUUGAUGUCAGCU